AUGGAUGCUUACUCUCUCUUCUCUCCAUCUCUCUCUGUCUUUCUUUCUCUCUCUACUCUGUCUUUCUUUCUCUCUCUACUCUGUCUUUUUCUUUCUGUCUUUCUUUCUCUCUGUGUGUGUCUUUCUCUCGCUCUCUCUGUGUCUUUCUCUCGCUCUCUCUGUGUCUUUCUCUCUGUGUGUGUGUCUCUCUCUCUCUGUGUCUGUCUUUCUCUGUGUCUGUCUGUCUUUCUCUGUCUUUCUCUGUGUGUCUGUCUUUCUCUGUGUCUCUGUCUUUCUCUGUGUCUGUCUGUCUUUUCUGUCUCUCUGUCUUUCUCUCUCUCUGUCUCUCUCUCUCUCUGUCUCUGUCUCUCUCUCUCUCUGUGUCUCUCUCUCUCUCUCUCUCUGUGUCUCUCUCUCUCUCUCUCUCUGUGUCUCUCUGUCUUCUCUUGCCCUCUUUUCUGUCGCUCUUCUCUUUUUUUCCCCUUUCUCACUGAAACCACACAGCGUCUCUUUUAUGUCUUUUGUCUUCUCGAUCAAAACUGA